AUGCCACCUACCACAACAUCUUCCUCAGCCCCUCAUCGUAAAGCAGCCGCCUCGCCAUACCAGAAGAGCGGUAAGCCUAACACCCAUACUCGUAAACCAUCCAAAAAGACAAAAGACACCCUAUCCACUCAGAAAACAGAUGACCACCUUCUUGUGAGAGAUGAGAAACGGAAUGACAACAGGAAAGGAGAUAUGUUAGUCCUGCAAGCUCAAGUACCCCCUUCUCCCUCGUCAACUGGUAAGAUAUCUCGAAAGAAGAAGAAAAAGAGGAAUUCCAAUGGCUUGGGUUCUGGUACGGGACCGGGUGAAGGUAGACAAUCAAUCGAGGAGCGUAUAACGGCUAUGGUAGAAGAAGAUAAGAAACCUUCAAAAAUAUCGAGAAUGCUCGAGGAUAUUCGAGUUCCACCUGCUGAAUCACCAUCGAGUUCACCUGAACCAGAACCAGAAGUCGGACCUGAAAGUCAAGCGGCUGCUAAGAUUGAUGGUGAUAUCGAAAUGGAUUCGAACGAUCUCUCGCCAAAACGACCAUCAACAGAUAUAUCUGAAAAGGAUGGGAACAACGCUAUCUCUUCAUCAGUAUCUACGAACUCACCGAUCAUAAAUAGAAAGCAGAAAGAUCAGAAUCGACGAAAGAAGACGAAAGAAGCUCGCUUGGCAUUCCUUGCUGAAUAUCAUGCGAGAAACGAGCAGGAGAUCAUUCAGGAAAAAGAAAGGGAAGAGAGGGAACGAGCAAAUAAAUUAGCCCAAGAGGAAUUGGAAAAAGUCAGAUCAAGGACUGAGGAAGUCAGGAGAGAAGCUGAGAGAGUCAAAAAGGAGAUUGAAGAGUUACAAAAUAGGAAGAAGCAGUUGAUAGAAGAAGAAAGUACAGCAAAAUUGAAAAGUGAAGAAGAACGAAAGAGGAGGACAGAUCAAGAGUUACAGAAAGUAAGGGAAGAGAAGAGGAAGUAUAAGGAGUUGCAAGAUAAGGUUGAUAUCGCCCAGAAUCAGUUGGAGGAGAUGAAAGUGAAUUAUGAAAAGGAGAAAAUGGACAGAGCUGAGAAGGAACGAUUGGUGGAGGAGGGUAGAAAGCAGGUAGAAGAAAUAAAGAGAAAGAACAUCGAUGACGAGGUUAUCAUCAAAAAGCACGAGAACAUCAAAAAUGCUAUCACGCAUGCUCUCGAGUGUCCAAUCUGUCUGACCACAAUUGAUGACCCUCAUGUCUUGUCUUGUGGGCAUAUGGCAUGCAGACAAUGCCUCAUGGAAUGGUUCCGCUCCCCUACUGCCCUGAAACACGAACACCCAGGGGACAUUACUCCCGAGACAGACCUGUCAUACCGUACAAAACUAUGUCAUGUCUGUCGAUCUGUCGUCCUCCGCAAACCUGCAAGAUUAUUCUUCCUUAGGGCCAUCCUCGAACCACUGGGGCUUUUCCAACACAAUGACGUUCUUCCUGCUGGAUCCCAAGACGUUGAUUUGUGGGACAAGUUAUUCCCCGUCGAAUCGUAUACUUAUAAAUUGUAUGAUCCUACGGACGAUACCACUAGAUGUCCCGAGUGUUUAGGAGAGAUUGUUGAUAGUGUAUGUCAAGGGUGUGAAUUGGCAUUUAGUGAUCAGAGUGAUCUGGGGGAAGACUUAGAUUUGAUCGAUGGAGAAGAAGAAUCGGUCCAUGGGAGUGUAUUAGGCGAUGGAGACGUCAUCAGAAUUGACAAUGAUAAUGACGAUGGAUCCUCUACCUCAAGUUCGAGUGAUUCAAGUGAUGUCGAAGACGGACUGCGAAGAAGAGAUGGAACGUGGACACCUCGUUCAAGGAGAAACAGGAACGCUCCUCCGCCUCCGCCACCACUUAACAACCUACUCAACAUAUUGACUGGUAUAGAUGAUGAAGCUGAGGAUGAUGACGGGUCGUAUGGGUCUAGUGAGGAUGAGAGAGAGCCGAACUCGGAAGAUGAGUAUGGAGGCUCAUUCAUUGAUGAUGAUGUGGAAGAGGAAGAAGAGGAGGAUGGAGAAGGGGAUCUAUCUAUGAUAGACGGUGAUGAUGAAGAGGAGAGUGUAGAUGAGGCUCCUAGAAGGAGAAUCAAAAAGCGAUCAAGACGGAUUGACCCUGAUGAAGAUGAUGCACCAACUGACAACGACAAAGAUGCCGAAGAUGACGAUGAUGAACCUGUCUUUAGAGGAAGGAGGUCAAGAAGACACAGAUCUCAAGUUAUCGCUAUUUCAGAUAGUGAAUAG